AUGUCCUUCAGAGAGCCUGAGGGACAGGUUGCAAGGUGGCUGGAGGAGUUGCAGUCUUUCCACUUCAGUGUUGUGCAUCGACCUGGGGCCCAACACAGCAACGCUGAUGCUUUGUCUAGGCGUCCGUGUGCUGUGGCCGGCUGUGGCUACUGUGACCGCAGGGAUGCCAGAGAAAUGGAGCUCAGAGGAGAAGGAGCUGCUCCUGAACAGACAUGCUGUUCGCUGGAGGUUGUGGGGGCUGCAGAUUGGGCCUCUCGGCAGGAGGAAGAUAAGGAACUUAAACCUGUGUGCCACUGGGUUCGGAGUGGGAAGAAACCACCCUGGGAGGAUGUGAUGGGCCUGUCAGGGACUACGAAGGGCCUGUGGAGUAAAUUUAGCACUUUGCGCAUGUUGGAUGGUGUGCUCCAGCGGGCAUGGAAGGAACCCGCCACCGAGGGGGUUAGGUGGCAGGUAGUGGUCCCUAAAAUCCUCAGAGAGGCUGUGUUGGAGGCGUGUCAUGGGGGCACAGGCUCAGGGCAUUUUGGAAGCACCAAGACCCUUCGUCGACUGCGCCAGGGUUUCUACUGGGGUCAGCACCGCCGUGAUGUUGAAGACUUCUGUCGUCGCUGUGAUGAUUGUGCAGCCUAUAAGGGACCCCUUGAUCAAUCACAUGCCCCUCUACAACAACAAGCAGUCGGAGAACCCAUGGAGAGGGUAGCAGUGGACAUCAUGGGCCCCUUCCCUGUGACAGUCAGAGGAAAUAAGUACGUGCUGUGUGCAAUGGAUUACUUCACAAAAUUGCCAGAGGCUUAUGCUCUGCCUGAUUAAGAAGCAGAAACGGUGGCAGACGCUCUGUUGGAGGGGAUGUUUAGCCGGUUUGGUACACCGGACAUCAUCCACAGCGACCAAGGCUGGAACUUUGAGUCCAAGGUUUUUGCAGCCCUGUGUGACCGGUUGAAUGUGCAGAAAACACGCACCACACUAUUACAUCCACUGAGCGACGGCUUAGUCGAACGUUUCAACCGUACUAUGCAGCAGCAGCUAGCCAUCCUUACUGCCAACCACCAGCGUGACUGGGACAGACAUAUUCCCCUU